AUGAUUCACUCGGAGCAGCCCAAGGGCGGCGGCCAGUUCAAACUCGUCACCGGUGACUUGAUCCGACUCAUCGAGACGCAGCAUGAGCACCAGGCCGAGCAGCUAGCCAAGUUAGGGGGCAUCACAGGCGUCGCGGCGUCAAUAGGAGUCGAUAUCACACAGGGCCUCAACAACAACGACAGCGCCGACCUGAAGCGGCGGGAAGACACGUUCGGGUCCAACUACAUUGCUCCACCGAAGGCCAAGACGCUGUUCGAGCUCAUGUGGGAAGCCUUCCAGGACAUGACGAUUAUCGUACUGACAAUCUCGGGCAUCCUCUCAGUCAUCCUCGCAGUGACUGUGGGCGACCACCCGGAUACAGGUUGGAUCGAAGGCGCUUGUAUUAUUUUCGCAGUGUUGGUGGUGACCAUGGUGACAGCUAUCAACGACUACCAGAAGGAGGCACAGUUCCGCGCGCUGAACGCCGUCAAGGAGGACGAGAAGAUUAAAGUUAUUCGCAAUGGGGUGCCGGCCGAGGUGAGCAAGUUCGGCCUCGUGGUGGGGGAUGUCGUUCGUGUCGACCUCGGUGAUAUCGUCCCGGCGGACGGGAUCGUGUUCGACCAGAAGGAGCUCAAGCUGGACGAGUCGGCCAUGACGGGCGAGUCGGAUCUGAUGGUCAAGAACACCGAAAACCCGUUCCUGCUUUCGGGUACCAAGGUCAUGGAGGGGCUGGGCAAGAUGCUGGUUGUGUGCGUGGGCGAGAACUCUCAGGCAGGCAUUAUCAAGAAGCUGAUUCUCGGCAAGGAGAAGGACAAGGAGAAAGCCAAGGAGGCCGAGAAGAAACCCACCCCAUCGCCCGCAGCGACGACGUCACUCCCCGACCCACCGAAGGCUGCGAAUGGCACCGUGGAGCAGAAGGAGGAGUACGACAACGGCGAAACCCAGUCACCGCUCGAGGCCAAGCUGAACCGGCUGACCAUUCUCAUCGGCAAGCUCGGCACGACCGUCGCGCUUCUGGUGUUCAUCAUCAUGUCGAUCCGCUUCUCGGUGGAUACGUUCACCGGCAGCGAUAAGUCCGAGUGGAAGGCCAAGUACGUCAGCGAAUACCUGCAGUUCUUCAUCGUGGCCAUCACGGUGCUGGUGGUGGCCAUCCCUGAGGGUCUGCCGCUUGCGGUGACCAUCUCACUGGCCUAUUCGGUCAAGAAGAUGCUGACGGACAACAACCUCGUGCGGCACUUGGACGCGUGUGAGACCAUGGGCAGCGCCACGACAAUUUGUUCCGACAAGACCGGCACGCUCACGACCAACCGCAUGACCGUCAUGCAGAUCUGGAUCGGAGGCCAGGAGUUCACCUCGGCCUCGCAGGCCACCGAUGAAAUGUCCGAGUCUACGCGCGACGUCUUCUGCAACGGCGUGUGCAUCAACUCGACCGCUGAAAUCCUCCCGGCCAAGGUCGCGGGUGGCCAGCCCGAGCACACGGGCAACAAGACCGAGUGCGCACUGCUGCAGUUCGUACGCGACUGCGGCGUCGACUACCCGAGCGUGCGCGCCAACACAGAGGUCGGCCACAUGCUGACGUUCAGCAGCAAGAAGAAGCGCAUGUCGGUCGUGGUCAAGCGGUCGGCGUCGACUUGCCGGAUCUACACGAAAGGUGCGACGGAAGUGGUGCUGGGCCUCUGCAGCAAGAUGAAGCGUCUGGAUGGCUCCGUGGCCUCACUAGACCCGACCCAGAAGGAGAUCAUCGGCACGUCUAUCAUCGAGAAGUACGCGUCCCAGGGCUUCCGUACACUUUGCCUGUCCUAUCGCGACGUCGAGACCUCGGCCGAGGAGAUCAGUCAGUGGGCCGAUGACGACAUCGAGAAGGACUUGACCUGCAUCGCCAUUGUGGGCAUUGAAGACCCCGUGCGCAAGGAGGUACCGGACUCGAUCAAGCUCUGCCAUCGUGCUGGCAUCAUCGUGCGCAUGGUCACGGGUGACAACAUCACCACGGCCCGCUCCAUCGCUGGCAAGUGCGGCAUCAUCUCGCCGGGCGAUGGCUCGUUGGUCAUUGAAGGGCAGGAGUUCCGCACGCGCGUGCUGGACGGCAACGGCAACAUCAUCCAGUCCGAGUUCGACAAGAUCUGGCCGCUUCUGCGUGUCAUGGCGCGGUCGUCUCCCAAGGACAAGUACACGCUUGUCACGGGCCUCAUGCAGUCGAAUCUCAUGCCCUACGGCCCGCAAGUCGUUGCUGUUACGGGUGAUGGCACGAACGACGCCCCCGCUCUGAAGAAGGCCAACGUGGGUUUUGCCAUGGGCAUCAGCGGCACGGCUGUGGCCAAAGACGCCUCGGACAUCAUCCUUAUGGACGACAACUUCACGUCCAUCGUGAGCGCCAUCAAGUGGGGCCGCAACGUCUACGACUCGAUCGCCAAGUUCCUCAUGUUCCAGCUCACGGUGAACGUCGUGGCCAUCACUCUCGCCUUCCUGGGCGCUGUGAUCCUGGAGCAGUCCCCGCUCACUGCCGUUCAGCUGCUCUGGGUGAACCUCAUCAUGGACUCAUUCGCGUCGCUGGCAUUGGCCACGGAGCCGCCCACGCCCGCACUGCUUGAGCGACGACCGUACCCGAAGACGAAGCCGCUGCUGUCCAAGAUCAUGACCAAGCACAUCAUCGGCCAGUCCAUCUACCAGCUCGUGAUCCUGCUCAUGCUCACGUUCGUGGGCGAGAAGAUCCUGAACAUCCCAUCGGGCCGCUUCCAGGACCUGGCCGACGACGUCAAGCACGAGCCCACGCAGCACAUGACCGUCAUCUUCAACACGUUCGUGUGGAUGCAGCUCUUCAACGAGCUCAACUGCCGCAAGAUCCACGACGAGGCCAACAUCUUCGAGGGCCUGAUGGGCAACCAUGUCUACAUCUACGUGACGCUGCUGCAGAUCGCCAUGCAGUUGCUCAUCGUGCAGUGCACAGGCGCCUUCUUCAACUGCGAGCCGCUGACGGCGGGCCAGUGGGGCAUCUCAAUCGGCCUGGGCGCCGGCUCCAUGCCGCUGCGCGCGAUACUGCGCUGCCUGUCGGCCAAGUGGUUGCCAGCCUUCUGCCGAGACGCCGACGCCGUGGAUGUGCAGGGCUUCCCGCCGACCGCCAAGGCCAUUCGCAAAGGUAGUUCCCAGAAGGCGGCCAUGGGGCAGUAG